AUGAGAAGCAUCAAAUGUGUUGUUGUAGGUGACGGUGCUGUCGGUAAAACAUGUUUGCUGAUCAGCUAUACCACGAACCGUUUCCCCCAUGAUUAUAUCCCCACAGUGUUUGACAACUACUCUGCAAAUGUUUUAGUCAACGGAGAACCGUUUAAGUUGGGUCUGUGGGAUACAGCAGGACAAGAGGAAUACGACCGAUUGAGACCACUGAGCUAUCCCCAAACUGAGAUCUUCCUAAUUUGUUUCUCUGUAGUUGAGCCAACUUCGUUUGAAAAUGUCAAGAACAAAUGGAUUAUUGAAAUUCGCCAUCAUGUCCCUUCUGAUGUGCUCAUAUUGCUGGUCGGUACCAAGAUUGAUCUGAGAGAUGACCCUCAUACCUUGGACAGUCUUCAUGAGAUGGGAUACGAUCCAAUCACUCAAGAGGAAGGUGAAGCACUAGCUAAAGAGCUGGGUUGCGUCAAUUACCUGGAGUGUUCUGCUUCUACCCAGCAGGGAGUCAAAGAAAUAUUUGAUUAUGCUAUUUCUGCUGUUGUGCAAGCAGGCCAGCCUAAUGUUGAUGCCAAGCCAUCGCCUCCAGUGCCAUCCAAGUCCAGUAACAACAUUAGCCCUACCACCGUCACCAACAACUCUACUAACGUCACCACUACGAGUACGACAUCUAAUAAGCCAGAUCAAAAGCAAUCUACUACUGCACCCAAUCCCGCUUCCGGUCGUCUACAGAAGUUCAAGACAAGGAAGAGCAAAAAAUGUUUGAUUUUAUAG